AUGGCGCCGCCUCGCCGCUGCAGCUAUGUGGUGACCAUGGAAACUGGAGGAGCAGGUGUUAACUUUUUGGGGGACUCAAGACACAGCGGAAGAGGCGCAGACGUCCGCAUAGAGAAGAGUCUCGGAGCGACGGCAAAUGUUUAUCGCGGUCGACACAAAAAAACAGGAGACCUGUAUGCUGUGAAGGUCUUCAACAACAUCAGCUUUCUAAGACCCUUGGAUGUUCAGAUGAGGGAGUUUGAAGUGUUGAAAAAACUAAACCACAAAAACAUUGUGAAACUGUUUGCAGUGGAAGAAGAGUCCAACACUCGUCACAAGGUCCUCGUUAUGGAGUACUGCCCCUGUGGGAGUCUUUACACAGUCCUAGAGGAGGCCUCAAACGCUUAUGGGCUUCCUGAAGACGAGUUCCUCAUAGUUCUCCACGAUGUGGUUGCUGGGAUGAACCACUUGAGAGAGUACGGCAUCGUCCAUCGCGACAUUAAACCGGGGAACAUUAUGCGUGUGAUUGGAGAAGAUGGCCGCUCUGUCUACAAGCUGACGGACUUCGGUGCUGCCAGGGAGCUGGAAGAUGAUGAGCAGUUUGUAUCGCUGUAUGGCACUGAGGAAUAUUUGCAUCCUGACAUGUACGAGCGUGCAGUUUUGAGGAAAGAUCACCAGAAAAAAUAUGGUGCCACAGUGGACCUUUGGAGUAUUGGUGUCACUUUCUACCACGCCGCUACAGGCAGCCUCCCAUUCCGACCAUUUGAGGGUCCUCGCCGAAACAAAGAAGUGAUGUAUAAAAUCAUCACAGAAAAACCCCCAGGAACAAUCUCUGGCCAUCAGAAGUGUGAAAAUGGGAAAAUCGAAUGGAGCACAGAGAUGCCAGUGUCCUGCAGCUUGUCAAAGGGGUUGCAGAGUCUCCUUACUCCUGUGCUUGCCAACAUCUUGGAGGCAGACCAGGAAAAGUGCUGGGGGUUUGACCAAUUCUUCGCAGAGACCAGUGACAUCCUCCACCGCACUGUGGUUUAUGUCUUCAGCCUGCAGCAAGCUACUCUUCAUCACAUCUACAUCCAUGAACACAACGCAGCAGCAUUAUUCCAGGACCUGCUUUGCCGAAGGACCAGCAUCACCCUCCACAACCAGGAGCUGCUUUACGAGGGUCGGCGGCUCAUCCUCGACCCAAACCGCCAGGCCAAAACAUUCCCCAAGACCACGAGGGACAACCCCAUCAUGCUCGUCAGCCGUGAAUCCGUCACCACCGUCGGACUCAUCUUUGAAGAUCCCAGCCCACCGAAAGUCCAACCCCGCUACGAUCUUGAUUUAGAUGCCAGCUAUGCUAAGACUUUUGCAGGAGACGUGGGCCACUUGUGGAAAACUUCCGAGUCUCUCCUCGUUUAUCAGGAGCUUGUCCGGAAGGGUGUCCGCGGUCUAUUAGAGCUGAUGAAGGAAGACUACAGUGAGAUCCAACACAAAAAGAAUGAAGUCUUCCAUUUGUGCGGCUACUGUACGCAGAUACUCGAGAAAACCGAACAACUAUUUGAGGUGUUCAUGCAGGCCAACAUGCUGUCCACAGAGUAUGAUGAGAUCUCUGACAUGCACAAGAAGAUUCUCAGGAUUGCAAGUUCUUUGGAGCCCAUUGAGCGAACGUCACAAGAUAUCAAAAGUAAAUUCAUCCCUGGAGGAGUGCUGACGGACACAUGGACACAACAAGUCGGGACGCACCCCGAGGACAGAAAUGUGGAGAAAAUCAAAGUGUUGCUGGAUGCCAUCACAGCCAUUUACCACCAGUUUAAGAAGGACAAAGCUGAAAGACGUCUGCCCUACAAUGAGGAACAGAUCCACAAAUUUGACAAACAAAAGCUGGUCCUCCAUGCCAGCAAAGCAAGGUCACUAUUUACAGAAGAGUGUGCCAUGAAAUACCGCUUGUUCAUCUCUAAGAGUGAAGAAUGGAUGAGGAAAGUUCAUCACGUCCGGAAACAGUUCCUUGGCCUCUCUUCUCAGUUGAUUAGCAUUGAGAAAGAGGUGACCAUGUUAAUGGAGAGAGUCAUCAAACUGCAAGAGCAGCUCCCUCAGAAGGUCCUUCCUCUAGUGUCCGGGGGGAUGAAGCCUCAGGCCUACCUGAGUCAGAAUACACUUGUGGAAAUGACGCUGGGAAUGAAGAAACUAAAAGAAGAGAUGGAAGGUGUGGUUAAAGAGUUAGCGGAAAAUAAUCACUUCUUAGAAAGAUUUGGCACUUUGACUUUGGACGGAGGAUUAAGGGGAUGA